AUGGGGGUGACAGAAUGGGUUACCGAGCUCGAGAUGGGUGUGGACGAGUCCCAGAACCAGCGCGAUAAGCGCGUGGAGGAUUUUUGGAAGGAAUUGGACGUCCAGGGCACCGGCUACCUCGACUUUAAGGGGCUGCAGAAGGGCCUGAACAGGAUCGAUCACCCUAUGAAGAACGCGGAGGACAUGUUGAGGAGGAUCAUGACCGUCGUCGACACCAACGCCGACGGCAAAAUUCAAUACGAAGGUGAGCUUUGCGAGUUGAAGUCGUCCCGAGGCUGGAGCUAUCGCCUGGGUUCCCCUGUCACGGGGUCCGGGAACGGUGCUAACGACGUCCUGCCGCCAGAGUUCCGCACCUUCGUCGAGCAGACCGAGAAACAGCUCAUGAUCUUGUUCCAGUCGAUAGACAAAGACAACAAUGGACGACUCGACAAGUCGGAGCUGCAGGAGGCCUUCAGACGGGCUGGGCUUGUCGUGCCCAUGCGCAAGCUCAGCGCCUUCUUUGGCGAUAUCGACAUGAACAACGACGGCUUCAUCAGCUUCGAGGAGUGGAGGGACUUUCUUUUGUUCAUGCCGAUACAUAAUGGCCACGCACCUCUCAAGGCUGUGAUGGACUUUUAUUCUUCCAUAGUCACCCUCACAGCAGAGGGCGACUCGAUGGUGUCGGAAGAGACACUUGAAGGCUUAGGUACGACCGGCUUCCUUCUGCAAACCCUCUUUGGAUCCAUUUUAAGGAUCGCAUCUCCUUCGGACCGUGAGACUCCUGUCGAGCCCCUCACAGACAAGGACGGCCAAACGGUGCCUCCGCAGGAGGAAGCAUCCGUUCCCGAUAUUGCGAAAAUACCCACCUCAUCGAAACCAGAACAACAGACUUCACCAAGCAGCUUUACAGAUCCCACAGCAGCAAUAGCGUCAAUACCGACAUCAAAACACCCGAAAGUCACCGACGGCGCGGACGUCGACAUGGCGGCAGCGGCGGUACUCCAGGCGGGCGUCAAGGCCGCGGACGACAAGCUCACCGGCAUCGCGACAAUACGACAAAUCCCCGGCGUCGGCACCUCCCAAGCGAAACCGGUCUUAGGCUCCGAGCAAGGCUCCAGCUCAGAUGCAACUGCUGAACGCAAGACCAAGAGACUGACUGACUUCGCCCCUGAUCCAGGUUACUUCGUCGCGGGUGCCGUCGCCGGAGGACUUUCGCGAACUGCCACCGCGCCUCUCGAUCGCCUCAAGGUGUACCUGUUGGUGAACACGAGAGCAAGCACCGAGACCGCUGCCAGCGCCUUCAGGCAAGGGCGCCCGGUAGAUGCUCUUCGCAACGCCGUGCGGCCAUUCGGAGAUGCGGUCAAGGAUCUCUGGAAGGCCGGCGGCAUGCGGAGUCUCUUUGCAGGCAACGGACUCAACGUCAUCAAAAUCAUGCCCGAAAGCGCCAUCAAAUUCGGAUCCUACGAGGCCGCAAAACGCACUCUCGCUAAGCUCGAGGGCCACGACGACCCAAAGCAGAUCAACGGAUAUUCGAAAUUUGUUUCGGGUGGUGUUGCUGGCAUGGUCGCGCAAUUCUGUGUGUAUCCCCUUGAUACGCUGAAGUUCCGCCUCCAAACAUCCACAGUGCAAGGCGGCCUCACGGGAAAUGCCCUUGUUCUUGAUACCGCCAAGAAGAUGUGGCAAGCUGGUGGAAUGCGCAGUGCAUACCGUGGUGUUACCAUGGGUCUGAUGGGCAUGUUCCCCUACAGUGCCAUCGAUAUGGGUACGUUUGAAUUUCUCAAGAAUUCUUACAAGAGUUACAUGUCAAAAUACCGAGGCAUACACGAGGAAGAUGUCAAGCCGGGCAACAUCAUGACUGGCAUUAUUGGGGCUACCAGCGGUGCUUUUGGAGCAUCAGUGGUGUACCCUCUCAACGUCCUGCGCACGCGACUACAAACACAAGGCACAGCUAUGCACCCGGCCACAUAUACCGGCAUCUGGGAUGUUGCCCAAAAGACGCUUAAGAAUGAGGGCGUGCGGGGCAUGUAUAAGGGCCUCACCCCUAAUCUCCUCAAGGUUGCUCCAGCACUGAGCAUUACCUGGGUUGUGUAUGAGAAUACAAAGAAGCUCCUUGAAUUGGAGUGA